AUGAGGCCUGGCGAUCAGGGACUUUGUUGCCUUGUGACGCUGCUGGCGGUGGUGGGGGCGUUGGCUUCCGAGGAAGCUUACGUCACACUGUUAUACGGAGAUGAGUUCCUCCUGGGUGUUCGCGUGCUGGGAAAGUCAAUCCGGGACACGGGGACGAAGAAGGACACCGUCGUCCUCGUCUCGGACGGCGUUUCUGACUACGCUACGCGGCUCCUUCAGGUGUUCCAUAUUGUUUUGAGCCAAGCUUCGAUUGUUUUGUCCCAGCAAUUUUUUUGCUCUGGGCAUUGGUUCAAUGUCAUCUCAUCUAUUUAUCGCCCCUGAUUUGCUCGUUCUAGUAAAAAUGUUACUAACUUUUUAUUCACUUAAAUUCAAAUAUUUAGGAAUCUUUUCGUGGUGGAAGGUUUAACAAUCGAAACAUAUCCUAUACCCGGUUGAAACCAGAGACCCUGUUCUUAUUUACGUUGAAAAAGGUUUGGGCUGAGAUCAAUUGUAUCAGUCUGCAACAACUGUCCAUACAUCUUGCUAUUGGACCUUUCCCAAAGAUCAUAUUGGUUAUCAUCGUUAGAUCAUUACUCUGUAUUCUUUUGUUCCAAAUGUGGGUUGUACCGCAUUUUUAUUUCUUUAACUUUUUUAAGGGAAGUAAACGGAUGUACAAUUCAAAUUAUGGUGUGAUCAUAAAAAAACCGUUCAAAGAUUCUUGUCUAGAUGAAGGUUUUGGAUGGAUAUGCAAGCGACCAAGGUUCCCAAAAUGACAAAUUCAUGUCAUUGCCCCCACUUGCAGUGUUUAUCCUCUGUCAUCCUAUCUCAAAUAAAAGUGUAGACCCUGUCUGGUGAGAAACUUUCUUGUUAAUGUGAACUUGUUCCUCCCUCUAAAUAUUUCUCAAUGAGCUUUGUCACCGAAUGACAGUCGCAGCCUCUAAAUAUUUCCUCUCCCUCUGUCGAUUUUCUUGAAUCCUUAUUGACUAAGGCAUUGGACCUCAACAUUGACCGACUGUUACACUUCUUUUUUUCUUAUCAUGGUAAGGAUAUUGCAAAAAAAAUUGUCAUUGCCUCAUUAAUACAAAAUUAUGCCUCAUAUGAGCUGGAGACCAUUUGCGACGUUCUUACCAGAGUAGUUAUCCCGCAGAUGUAUUUGGCCUUAUUUUAAACAUCUUACCAGUAGAGUAGUCUUUUCUUUUUCGGCCAUAUUGAAAUGGCAUUCACAUGGAGUGUUAUUUGAAUUACAAUCUCACAACAUGCCUGGCAGCUGAUACGUGUUGUACUUUGAACAACUGUUUCAGGCUGAUGGUUGGAUUGUUGAACACAUAAGUUUAUUGGAAAAUCCAAAUCAAGUGAGACCAAAAAGAUUUUGGGGAGUCUACACGAAGUUGAAAAUAUUUAACAUGACAAUGUACAAGAAAGGUAAUCAGGUUCUUGGACUCCUGAAAUAGCAUUGCCAAGUUAGCUGCUAUUUUAGGAAAACGUGCUACAUUCAGAUGGUUGACUGAAUUUCUUCCUUUUGCAGUUGUGUAUCUUGAUGCAGACACCAUUGUUGUUAAGAGUAUAGAGGAUCUAUUUAAAUGUGGGAGAUUCUGUGCAAACUUGAAGCAUUCCGAAAGGCUGAAUUCCGGAGUCAUGGUCGUUCACCCAUCUGAAGUUGUUUUUAAAGAUAUGAUGGACAAAGUGGCCGUCUUACCUUCUUACACUGGAGGUUCUCAGUUGAACUUAUGGUCCUUUUCUAUCUGUUGUUUCUGUAGAGUGCCGUCUGUGGUGCACUGAUGCACUGAUUCAAAUUAGAAACAUUAGUUAUACCAAGAAGUAUACUUACUGUUGCCAAUUGAAAAUGCACUUUGCACCAAAUAGUAGGUAUGCCUAGUAGAUUUGGAGGAUGAACUUUUUUUCUGCAGAAAAAAAUUGGAUCCGGGAUCGUUAUAUCAUUUUUUCCAUGCUUACAUUUUUCUUAGGUUAAUGUGAUGUCUUUUAGGUUAAAAUUUUCAAAAUAUUUUACAUUUAAGGUUAUGUUCAAUAUCUCAGAUGGACCACUUUUCAAUGUUAACAGGUGAUCAGGGUUUCCUGAACUCAUACUACAGGGACUUUGCAAAUGCUCAUCUCUUUGAACCAAACUUACCCUCUGAUCCCGGGAAUUCUAGAACAGUGCCAGGGAUGGAAAGGCUUUCUACUCUAUAUAAUGCAGAUGUUGGGCUGUAUAUGCUUGCAAAUAAGGUAGUUGCAUUUUGGUGCAUUUUUUCGCAUUAUAUGAUUAGCUUUCCUUUUAGUUUCUUGCUAUUGGAGGUCUUACACGUCGAUAUCUAAUCAGGAGGAAAAGAAUAAGCAGUAAUCAGCAGGAAAGAGUAUUCCAUAAUAUUUCUCGCAGUGAUCAGCAGGAAUAACGUGCAUUGGAAGCUAACACAGAUCUUAAAGAACCAAAAAAAAUUAUGAUUCUGUGGAAACUUCCUCUCGAUUGAUUGUUUAUCUUUCUCAAUCCAAUCGAUUGGCAUAUCUUCCCGAGGAUCAAAAGACAACAGUCUAUCAUAAAUUCGGGAACUCAUAACAGAUACCAUGAAAUCUGAAUAUUUUCCUUUACUGCUGUCAACAUUUGACCCAGUACCCCAGAUGUCUGGCAAAAACUGUCAUAGAUCUAUCAUGUAACCUUAUUAUCACCACAUUUGCCAUGAUGAAAGACUGUUUCUACACUUUAAGUUCUCGUACUAGCAACUUAAAUAGGGAUUAUGCUCACGUUUGGUCUAGUGUGCUUUAUUUCUAGUUUACAAAAUGAACGUGGGUUUCUCUUGAAUACCAUUCCCAUUUCCGUUUAUUAAUUUAAUUGGUGCCAAGCUCGACGCUUAUUCUAUGGCUACAAUUUUUUUGUUUCAUAUCAUGUUUAGUGGAUGGUUGAUGAGAAAGAACUUCGAGUCAUUCAUUAUACACUUGGCCCCCUUAAACCGUGGGACUGGUGGACUUCUUGGCUCUUAAAGCCUGUGGAUGUUUGGCAGGUAUUUUGCUCGCUCUGAUCAUUUGUGAAACAUUCCGAGUCUCCCUACAAUCGAAUAAUCUCUUCAUUUUCUUGAUGCUGUAGAACGUUCGAGAACAGCUUGAAGAAUCUCUUCCUGGAACUGCUGGUGGCACUACUUCUGAAGAGCAGUUGGUGGUCAAAAUUUUGGUCUUCCUUCCACUAUGUCUUUUAUUAUUUUUCUUCUAUCGAUCCCAUUUUCAGGUAAAGAAGUGCCGGCAGUUAAUAUUGCGUAAAUUGAUGGCUGGGUGUUCAUGUAGGCGCAUUGAAAUCUAUCUGUUUCUGAUUACUGCAGAUAAAAGAUGCUAUAUAUGGUUGUAGAAGCUCCAUAUGUGAUUAUGCCAGGCGUGUCUACUGUGAAUUUAGAGCUGGAGCCACUCUUCCCGUUUACUCUUCUGUUGCUUCAUCUUCUAUAGCGAACUCCAAUAGCCAGGUAAGGUUCCCUAUCUCCGCAUUAGUUCUGAUUACUACAAGAAACUGGUGGAGUUAGGUGCACGUCCCUACGUGAUUUAUGCUGCUCCUGCAUUAAAAUAUCUACUGCCUGUUUAUUUUUAUUUUUAUUUUUACAGUUCAAUGUCGCAGAGAAUAUCUGUAAAAUGGUAUUGCCUUGCCUCGGCUUGGCUCCUUGGCAUAAGGUGGUAGGUUACUGUCUUGAUUUCCUUGGUCACCUUAAAAAAACCUUGAUCCAAAGGAGAUGCUAACUAAAGAACCCUGAAAGAUAAUCUUUAUAUAUGUGCAGCGGAACACAUAAAUAAUAAGUUUAUUUGUCAGCUGUAUGCGUUGCAUGGUACUCACCCUAGAAAUGGAGGUCCCAAGGGAAGCCAGACGGUGGGGGUUGCCUCUCCAGUGUGUACAACUAGUGAAAGUCGGAACUUUCAUCGACAUUAUAGAAGAAGGAAAAUUAUUAGAACCAUAUUAUUAAACAUGUGCAACUUCGUGAUAGUAUUUGUGGGAGAAUAAGUUCAUAAAGCAAAGGGAUUUAGUUUGAAUUUUCAUCGUUCUUUUAACUUUUGAACGUUGAACUACAUCAAUUCAAUGGAAUUAAUGGCUUGUUUUUAGUACCAAAAACUGCAUAUUUGAUGGACUUAGUACCAAGGUCCUGGAGUCGCCCCCAGAUGAUCGACAUGAGUGACAAACCCAUCACCACCCGUCGGCUCAUCCCAAGAUCAUUUUCCCUCUCCAAGAGCGUUGGGAUUUUUGAAUUUGGUGAUCUUUUCGUGGGGUUGGAGGAGGCGUUGUUCCUCAUCCAAAAGAGGUCCUAGGAACAAUAUGGGAGAUGAAAUUAUUCUAAGAAAUGUUCUCUCUAGUUGACGACAAUAACUUUGUUAUUGAUUUUGGGAGGUUCGGCCUAUUAAUUUUGACCAAAAGUGUGAGAAAAACGCAUAGAUUUCCAAAUUCUGGAGCCAGAAUCUGAAUUUCCAAAAGUGUGAGAAAAACGCUUGGAAUCAUGCUUGUUUCAUCUACUCCGGGAAUGGGUUCAUGACAUGACAUUAUUCUUUUUCAUCUUCGUUGUUUGCUUUUUAUCUUGACAGUUUUCAAAUGGCAUUCACUCCAAGAUACCUUCCCAUCUGGGUGCCCUCUCCAUCAUCGUCUGCUUCUCGUCUGCUGCUGUGUCCCUUGGCCUGGCGUUUGUGCUGAUACCCCGCCAAGUGAUGCCCUGGACAGGUUUACUGCUCAUGUAUGAGUGGACAUUUGCAGGGUUUUUCAUGUUGUUUGGUACCUUUCUUCGGCUAAUGUACCGGUGGGGGAGGGCCAUGGGAACCCAGCUAGGAGCCGCCUCCUCCCACUCCGAUGCGUCUGAGGCAUAUGACUCCGGCAAAGGUCCGCCGACUAGGAGCACUUUCGCUCUCCUGUCAAUUCGACUGCCUCUGGAUUCAAAGUAUGAAUGGACCCUCUUUCUGCCCUCCCUUCAGGUCAUCAGCGGCAUUCAUCUCACUGCGACGUUGGAGUUUGCUUCUAUGGACUGGGGAUGGCAUUACUCGCCAUCAUAGCCCCUUCAUUGCCCUGCAUCUUUGGGAUCACCGCUCUUUUUCCAAGGUGAGAAGGAACCCUCUAUCUCUCUCUAUCUAUGGAUGUAUGUAUGUAUGUAUGUAUGCAUGUACCGAUUCCCAUUUGGGCUCCUGAUGUUCUUCUUCCCAUAAUUUCGAUUUUUAUAUCCAUUGGUUUAUCUAAUGUGUGUGUGUGUGUGGGUGUGGGUGCAGACUGGGGCUGAUGGUGGGGGGAGGUCUGAUUCUCUCAUCAUUCAUGACUUAUGCGUCGGAGCAGCUGGCCAUCAGAGCCUUUGUGAGAGGCCUGGAAGAACACGAACUGCCCAAGGCCAGGGGGCAUGCUUAUAGAGCUUGA